GACCAGGGGGCUUCGUCUGCUCAGCGAAGUUGAGUCAACACGCCGGGGAAACGCGCUGCCUGGAUUCAUGUGGCACCUCCACACUCGCACUCGGCUUUCUCUGCGGCGCCUGGGGACUUUUAAUCAUUCUCGCUUGAGAUAGAAACACGUUUUUGGCUUUGGGGAAAUGUGUUGGGACUAAUAGUUGAGUUGCAACCAUUAAACGCCCAGUCAUUAAGUACCUGCGGAUCUACUGCAGGGGAGUUUUUUAUUUAUUAUUAUUUUUUUUAUUCCCUGCAAGGAUAUACUGCAGACCUUUAACAACAAGGAUCUCCACAGAAGUGAACAAUGCUCAGACUAGAGACUAUCAUUUGCACUUUUUCUGUGCUGUCUGUUGCAGCAAGAGCUGAUUUUAAGGCACGGAACUGCAGCGAGGUGAGGGAGGCUUGUAUCGGGAGAGGCUUCAGCUUCGCACAUGUUCCUCUUCAGGAGAUCCCAGGUGAACAUCUUCGUGUAUGUCCUCAGGGAAACACAUGUUGCACCCAGGAAAUGGAGGACAAAUUUGGCCAACAGAGCAAGCAGGACUUUGAGAAUCUGGUUGAUGAAACAAGUCAUGAAUUGAGAAGCACCUUUGUUUCCAGACAUAAAAGAUUUGAUGAAUUCUUCCUGGAGCUGCUGGAGAACACGGAGAGGUCCCUGAAUGAGAUGUUUGUGAGGACUUAUGGCAAGCCUUACAUGCAGAACUCAGAGGUCUUUGAGAACCUGUUUUCAGAGCUGAAGCGCUAUUACACGGGAGGGAAUGUUAACCUGGAGGAAAUGCUUAAUGACUUUUGGUCGCGGCUGCUGGAGCGUAUGUUCACGCUGCUUAACUCCCAGUACGUCAUCACUGAGGACUAUCUGGAGUGUAUCAGUAAGUACACCGACCAGCUCAAGCCCUUUGGAGACGUGCCCAGGAAGCUCAAGGCUCAGGUUACCCGGGCAUUCAUCGCUGCACGAACAUUUGUCCAAGGGCUCUCUGUUGGCCGGGAGGUGGCUCAGAGAGUGUCUAAGGUAAGCAGCACUCCAGCAUGUAUGCGAGCACUGACAAAGAUGCUGUACUGCCCCUUUUGUCAGGGCAUGCCAUCAGUUAAACCCUGUAAGAACUAUUGCCUGAACGUUAUGAAGGGCUGCCUGGCCAAUCAAGCUGAUCUGGAUCCAGAGUGGAACCUGUACAUCGAUGCUUUGCUGCUGGUGGCACAGAGGCUGGAGGGACCUUUCAACAUUGAAUCUGUCAUGGAGCCUAUUGAUGUCAAGAUUUCAGAGGCCAUCAUGAAUAUGCAAGAUAACAGUGCCCAGGUCUCCUACAGGGUUUUUCAAGGCUGUGGCCAGCCAAAACCCGCAGGAAUGACUAGGUCUACCCGUGGUGUUUCGGAUGUGUUCAACGCUCGCUUCAGGCCAUACAGCCCCGAGGAGCGGCCUACCACUGCAGCUGGCACAAGCCUAGACAGACUGGUGGUCGACAUAAAAGAAAAACUGAAGCUGUCAAAGAAAUUUUGGUCCAACCUGCCCGAGGCGAUGUGUGUGGAGGACAGAGUGACCGCUGGAAAUGCCAGCGAUGAGGAGUGCUGGAAUGGACACACCAAGGGCAGGUACUUCCCUGAAGUCCAAAAGGAUGGACUGACCAACCAGGUGAAUAACCCAGAGGUGGUCGUGGACAUCACUCGCCCAGACACCUUCAUCCGCCAGCAGAUCAUGGCUCUGAGAGUGAUGACCAACAAACUGAAAAAUGCUUACAACGGCAAUGAUAUCUACUUUCAAGACUCAAGUGAUGAAGGCAGCGGCUCAGGCAGUGGCAGCGGCUGCACAGAAGUCUGCCCUACAGACAUGGACGGUGCUGCCACCGAAGCCCCGAUGGUGGAAGCCGACCGGAGCGGGCCUGUGGAUGACUCUGCCCCGCUCCGUGCACCCUCUGUAGCCCUGCCAACCAUUCUGGCCCUCUCAGCCCUGGCACUCCACCGACAAUGGAGAUAAUGCUGGAGGAACCGGCUAAACAUGGACAGCAGGGUUUUUUUUUCUUUCUGUUCUUUUUCUUUUUUUUCUUUUUUUUUUUGCAGUUUUUGUAUUCAGGCAGAUUGGAGCUACAGUCAAGCAGACAGUAUUCGGGCUGCCAGCCUGGAGGCUGGAGGAGUCUGCUCUGAAAAAGAGAGCAGUCAUGCAUCAUGAUUUCCCACUUUCCCAAAGAUCGUGCAGUGCCAUCCUUAGACUUGACAUUCUGUGGCAUCACUUCACCAUCUAACGCUGAUGCCGACCCAACAAACUCUGCUUCAGAGAUUUCUUGCACAUAUGGCAGGUAUUAAUGUAGGUCUCCAUGUGGAAAAAUAUAACACGCACUUUGAUUGUUUUGAUUUUUUUAUGCAAAAUUUGUUUGUGUGUUGAAGAAAUGUUGAGAAUGUGGUUAUUUGAUGCACCUAAAAGAGGCACAACAAGUUGAAUAUAUGUUUAACAUUAUAUUUUGAAAUAAAUAACAUCCAGGAACACGUGCUUUUAAUCUUAAAUUUUAAUUGAAUCCGUGUUCCAUUGCCAUUAACUCAUGUGCCAAUCAUUGACUUGUGUUGAUAUUCAUCAAAGCCAUCAUAAAUCCAUCUUUGUUUUUGGAUCAGAUGCAGCCACUUCGUCAUGUCGCUUCAUCUUAUGUUUGACCGCAAUUUCAACCAUGAUGUCUGGCGAGAUUGUAGGUUAAGUAUAUCAUGGGUUGGUCAUGGAUCUGCUCUGUUCGACAGCCGCCUUGUGCUAAAACUCGCAUUUUGUCAAAAGGGAUAAGACUGACAUUUUUUAUAUACUCAUUUGCCUUGCAACAAAUUUAUUAUCUGCAAAAUACUCUCAUAUCAUGCUGGUUUCUCAGGCUUGGCUUCAGGAGCAGACAGCCUGGACUGAAUUAAUAUGGAGCAAUUAUUGACACACAGAGAAGGUGCUGUUUUCUUCUGAAUCCUCAGACUAGUCUACAAGUACUUCCUCAAAUAUUACACGUUUUUAGAAGUUCUAGGAAUUCUGGAUUUAUAUGUGCAGCAACAAAAAAAAAAGGUGCCACUUUUGCAUAUGUGAUUGAACAGCCAAAGCUUAUCCUGUAACUGCUUUCACAGUUUUGGAUAAAUAGUGAUUUAAAUGUGCAUUGUAGUAUUUAAAAUGCUACAAUACUGAAAUACUGUCAGACAGUAGUAAAAAGUUAAAUGAAAAUGUAUUACCACAGUUAUUUAAAAGGUGAGGGAAUUAUUAAGAGAAGAAGUAGCAAACAGCACACAGUGGUUACUGGAAAUGCAAAGAAAGGGCCCCUAAAUUUAUCUGUAAAGCUUGAAUGGUUAUGUCUGCAGCACAGACAGGCUUGAAGCCGACCACAGUCACCUGUGAAAUGAGAAUCUGUGGAGACCGGACAGGCCUGAAUGCUUCAGUGAAGCUCCUCAGUAGAGCGUACUUACAGAGAAUGUGAGAGGCCUGGCACUGCUGAGGGGGGCGGACAAAACCAGCCUGUAUGUACGUCCACUGUUCUCUGAGAGCCCGUCAGCUCCAUAACCACCAAGCCAGCUAAGCUUACAUAUCCAAGGAAUUAGCCAGUGUCAUGCCCUUCGCAGUAUAUCAGUGAAUAUUUGUUGAGCUUUUUCUUUAUUGCAUUUUAAGUCAGCGUUUGCAUCCACACUGCAAGAACAAAACUAUAGAGAAAAUAUGGCAAAUGUGUCAUUUAAAAGGAUUCUUUAUUAUGAAUAUCGAUCUUACAGGAUGCCCUUUUUAUGUUUUGUAUCAUUGAACUUUUAAUGGUAAUAUUUUUGCAAUAAAAUAUUGAAAAUGGA